AUGGACACGGUUAGGAUGAACAUCGAAAAUCCUGAAAAGCUCCUGACCUCAUCGGGGUCUUGUGCCAGACAGGACUAUAAAAACGACAUAUCUGUCACGCGGACUAGCUCUACCCCAACCGCCCCUUCGAAUAGCCAGUCAUCGGCAUGCGGUUUUCCCAAACGGCCGCCGGCGAUUGUUCUCAUCUUCAAUGGCUGGUGGUACAUGGAAUUGGUGUGCAUAUUUCUAUCUUAUGCAUUGUUCGCCCUCUACUACUGGUGUCUUACACAAAUCAAUGGUCAAUCCGAGACCAAGCCGGGCAUUUUCAGCUCCAUCCCGGUUUUCGACAACAACGCAUCCGUGCUUUCGAUGAUAUCUGUUGUCCUCAAACUCCUCAUGUUUGUGCCAGUUUCGUCCGCGAUGGGUCAGUUAAGCUGGUACCGCCAUUGGGAUACUGCGUCAAAGCCAGUGGCAGAUUUGCAUACAUUUUAUGCAGCGUCCAGGGGACCAUCAGGAUCAUUUAGGUUACUAUGUUCACGCUACAUCUUUAACUCCUUUCACACUACUUUGGGCGCCGUCUUGACCAUUGCAGCGUUGUACCUGGGUCCUUCGAUGCAGAACGCAAUUGCUGAUAAUUUCAACCUCGAAAGUGCAUUACCACUAAGCACGCCAAUGGACGGCGAAAAUGCGACAAUGACUUUCCUCGACCGAUAUGAUCACCACCCACCUAUUGAGGUGUCCAUUGUGGACGAAAAGAAUAUCACCACCGACCCACAGUUGGAGAUUUCCCUUUAUUAUGCAUGGUUGUACAACAUGAAUCCACAGAGAACUACCGCGCCAGUUGUUUCGGUAUCUGUGAAUUGCACGCAGGCAGUUUGCGAGUGGCAAAAUUAUACUACACUCGUCGCCAAAAGUCAGUGCCAAAGUGUGCCGGCUAAUAUCAGCUCCAACGGAUUCGGUUACUCGCACAAAGCAAACAUCAACAGUUCUGUUGAUACUGGUGGAAGUAUCAACGCCUCUGCUGCUCCCGCCCUCCUCAAGUUCCAGACAAGCCCGACAAUCCCCGAGAAUAGCAGUUUCACGGCAUUCUUCCCCGACCAGUCGGUUGUCAUGGUUCAUCUUGCAGCAAUCGCCGACUUAGGCCUCCGCGGGGUGGUAGCCACAGAAUGUAUUCUGCAUUGGGAGGUGCGGCAUAUUCCAAAAGUUCAACUCUUAACGUGGAGCUUGGAGACAUUCAGUCCUUUGGCGGAUGAAUGGAAUUCAACAUCAUACAACAUAGCACAAUCAGGACAGUCGGCAGUCGGCAACGAGUUUGUUUGCGAGUACAAAGUUGAUCGCGAUGCAGCCCGUGAGCUACAAAGGCCUCUGCAAGAAUUCUUUCCAGGCUAUGUCCUAAGAGACUCGCCGAACGACUCGCGUCUCAAAGCGGUGGGAAAGGCAAUGGAUAUCUUUGCCCGGUCCUGGAUUGAUAGCGCCAGCGUCGAUUUGCGAAAGUCUCUGACAAUGACCUUAGACGAUUACAUGUCAAACAUAGCGGACGCUGUUACCGGCUACAUUACAUCAACAUCUCCGCAGGCGUCAAUUGGGCAAACGGCACCAUUUUUCUCCUAUCUGAUCAGAUGGCAUUAUAUGAUAUACUCGGGCGUUAUGUUGGUGUUAUCCACGUACUUACUACUCUACGCAAUGUGGAAGACACGGCGGAUGCCGGUAUGGAAAACGUCCCUCCUCCCCUUCCUUUACCAUGGAUUUCAGACCCCGGCAUAUGAGGAGGGAUACGAUCUGUCACAUGUGGCAUGGAUGCAAGAAGAGAGCAAGAACAGAAUGGUUGCUUUGCGUGAUGAACAGGACGGCCAUGGCCUGAAGCUCAGGGAGAAACACAGGGACUCCACUAUUUCUACGAUAGUCUCCAAAGACUUGGAUCCUGGUCUUCACAGCGGCUUACAGUCGGCGGGACUACAAUCCUCCCCUUCACCAGAGACCAGCGCUGCCCUCUCCCAUGCUACAUGUAUCGAGCCACCUUCGACGGUCUCUACAUUACUCACUGGUUGGUGGUAUAUUGAAAUAGCCUGCAUGAUGCUGUCUUUCUCAAUAUUCGGCCUCUACUGCUGGUUUCUCAGCACUUGGAACGAGUAUCGAGUGUCCGACUGGGACAAAAGAGUGCCGCACGUUUUCACCAGCUUUUUCGUCAAGAAUCUUGGGUCUGCGGCAUCUUCUAUCAUCACAGUUCUAAAGAUUCUCUCAUUCAUCCCAAUCACCGCCUCCAUGGGCCAGCUCAAAUGGCACUACUUUCUACGCCGGUAUUCGCGCCCAGUGGCAGAGCUGGAAACAUUUGAUGCAGCGUCCCGUGGUGUAUCAGGGUCAAUUAAGCUCCUCGUGUCGGGUAAAAGAUUUCACUCUGUUCACAUAACAUUGGGUUGCCUCCUCACCCUCGCCACACUAUACCUAGGAUCUGCGACUCAAAACACCAUCACGUCUCCCACCGAGGUGUAUUGGCCACUAGAACGCGGGAUCAACGAGACUGAGGUUGCGCUAUUGCCUGUAACUGAGCUGCUCGAUGUCACAGCGAGACGCGACAUUCUUGGCGUCGACAGUCAGAAUUUCCGAGAGGAUCCCGGCAUGCAAGCAGCAUUAUUCACUGCCUGGUCAUUCUAUCUUAACCCACAAUUCGAAAAUCAAACAAUCGAUCCAGUUUUGGCAAACUGCUCGUCCACGUAUUGUCGAUGGCAUAAUACAACUACACUAGACGUCGAUUGGCGCUGUUUUGGUGCCUCAGCGACCGUUGACACCAACGGACACGGAUACUCGCAAGAGGCUAAUAUAACCUCAAGCGUCGAUGUAGUCAUCAACGGAUUGCCCAAAAUUCGGCAAGCGAUAUUGAACCUCAAGGCAAGCCCCAAAAUACCGUCAAACAGUGGAUUCAACACGUCGGACUAUGAAAGCAUGGCAGUGAUUGUGCAUCUUGCCGCAAUCGCUGAGCAUGAUGAGCAAAGCUUUGAUGCGUCUGAAUGCAUUUUCUUCUGGACGGCAACGCACGUUUCCGAAACAAUCUAUCAUAACAAGUCAGGCACCACCCUUAAUCAAACUGUUGCAUUCAUGCAACAAGUUCCCGAGAACCGAACGUCCACUGAGGACGAAAAAGACAUUGUCUUCAAGGCUCCCUGCAGUGGCAAGAAGAAUACCGACGUAUGUCAUUUCAACGUUACCAAAGAGGCACAUCUAGCUGUUCGGAAACUUCUCACAGACUUCGCAACUGGGUAUGUGUACCGAGAUCCUACCCGGAAUGGUACGCUCUUCAUACCCAGCAGUCCAGUGAUGAAUGUGUUCGCAUGGUCAUGGAGGACGAACCUUGCACUAAUUUCGAGGUUCCCGAAUCCCUUGAACACUACCUUGAGCUUUUACAUGUGGAAUACUGCUUGGGGUCUCUCUGGGUAUAUCCGCACCAAGGACUCCACGCAACUGGAUGGAGAAAAUGGUUCAUUUGAGCCAAUAUUCCACAUCGAAUGGAAAUACACCAUUUACCCAGGGGUUAUGUUGAUCCUAACACUGUAUCUAUUCGCCUUCACGGUGCGGGCUACCCGCGAUAUGCCGGUAUGGAAGUCAUCUCUCCUGCCUUUCUUGUAUCAUGGCUUUGACCGCCCGGCUUUGGUCUCGGACUAUGAUCUUUCUAGCUUGCCUUGGAUGGAGGGAUUUAGUAAAGAGAAAAGAGUAGUCUUACGGGAUACCGGGGAUGGUCUUGGACUUAGACUUAGAGAUACGAAAAGAGGCAUUGCCGAUGAAGAUUUCCAGCACUAA